GCACCCUAGCAUAGCAGAGUCUCUCUCUAUUUCUGUGUUCGUGGCCACUGCACGCCCUCUUGUUUGUGUAUUUGAAAAAUAAAAAUGAAAAAUUGAAAAGCAGAUUGGCGGAGUUGCAGGCCGAAACACCGUCGAGCUUCGAAGAGAAGAGUGACUCGGUUGCUCUUCCAUGGCUACAAUAGCUGCUGAAUCAGUAUCUGUAUGGACAGUUGAUUCAAAUGCUUCAUUCACCCCAAAAUGGAAAGCUUCAAGAAGUUUCAAAUUCAAUGCUUGCCCAUUUCAAUCAUCAACAAUUCGAGCUUCUCAGCCUAUGGAGGACAAGAACAAGGUCUACAAAGAACUGGGUAUGUUCUCUUUAAGAAAGAAGAUUGAAGAUGUGGUUCUUCGUGCUGAGACAUUGGCACCAACAGCAUUGGAACUUGAAGAAGCAAGCUGCAUUAAACUGGAAGAAAUGAUACGUCAAUAUAACUUGUGGGAUGACUUAGCUAAAUCAAAUGAAAUCCUUGUGAAGUUAGCUGAUAGCUCCAAAGUGGUUGAUGCUCUCAAAGACUUGAGAUAUAAGGCUGAAGAAGCUAAGCUGAUCACUCAGUUGGCAGAGAUGGAUGCUAUAAAUUUUAGGCUUUUUAAGCAAGCAUACAGUGCCUCUUUAGAUGUAAGCAAGUUCUUGGACAAGUAUGAGAUGUCCAAACUCCUUAAGGGGCCAUAUGACAUCGAGGGAGCAUGUGUUAUAAUUAAAGCUGGAAUUUCAGGCUUCUAUCCCGAGAUAUGGGCAGAACAGAUACUGCAAAUGUACAUAAAAUGGGCUGAAAAGCAAGGCCUUGGAGGAAGGAUAGUUGAAAAAUAUCUUUCAAAGAAUGGUGGUGUCAAGUCUGCAACUAUCGAGUUUGAAUCCAAGUAUGCCUAUGGCUAUCUGUCAGGGGAAAGAGGUGUUCACUCCAUGAUAAGCAGUUCCCAAAAUACAUCUGUUUCUGAUGAGGCUAGCAUGACUGCGGUGGAUGUUAUUCCUCUGUUCCUGGAAACAGCUCCUGACCUACUAAUUGAUGAUGAGGAUUUAUUGAUCUCAUCACCGUCAUCAUGUGGAGCAGUGUGGGGUAAAACUGGAUUUACAGUAUGCAUUAAGCAUAUUCCGACUGGCUUAAGAGUAGAAUCCUCGGGAGAAAGAAACCACUUUGCAAAUAAGAUCAAGGCCCUAAAUCUCUUGAAGGCCAAACUACUUAUGAUUCUGAGAGACCAAGGAAUUUCCGAUAUAAAGACCAUCAAGAAUGAUGCAAUCACUGACACGUGGCAUCAACAGACUAGAAGGUACAUGUUUCACCCACACAAGCUUGUACAAGAUGUAAAAACCGGCAUCCAAUUGCCCGACCUAAACUCUGUUUUGGAUGGAAAUAUCGAACCUCUUAUCACAGCUAAUAUUAAUAGUAGACAGGCAUGCGAUAUUGUCUGAAACCCGCAUUGAUUACUCUUCUUUGCCCUCCUGCCUCAUCUUGUUUUACUUUAUAUGAUUUGUAAGCCUAAAUUUAUCAUCUUCUUGUUCGGCAAUUUGUGCUUUACUUUAUAAUUAGAAGAAAAUGAUGAUUAUUAGGGGAGAGAGAGAGAGAGAGAGUCACAAGAAAGCUGAAAGAUCCCGGAAUUUUCUUUUCUUCCAUUUUCUCUGCAACUAAACAGACUUGUUAUGUGUUCCAACAAAACUUUUUUGUGCAGACCUACAAUUGAAAUAGAUCUUUAUCGCACGUUGCUUUUUCUUGAUAAA